GUUUUCAUAGCUUGGCAGAGACGAGGACGGCGUGGAGAGACGACGACAGCAAGCCAGACUGAGAGAGCAGCAGCACGACGAUCGGCGUCACAAUGCGCUUCAACACCUUGUUUCUUCUGCUGGUCCUGUCCUGUUUCUGCGUGGUCUGGGCACAAGGCUCCUAUGACGACUGCUGUCUGUCUUACGUGAGUGGCCCCAACAGGCACAUCCAGAAACACGCAAAGACGUACCGUCUGCAGAAGAUGGACGGAGGCUGCAACAUCAGAGCAACUAUCUUCACCAUGAGGAAAGGCCGAGAGUACUGCACCGAUACUGACGCCACAUGGGUGAAGGAGCUGAUGGCCAAGAUCGACAGACGGCUGAAAAUCUCCCACAGGAGGAGCCCCAGGAAGUCGUUCCAGCACCAGCACCAGCACAACGGAGCCUGACCUUGCAGCUCCGAGUUUAACAGCUCUGCUAUCGUGGCACGUUAAUCAAUAAGGCAAGCUGCGGCUGCUUUCGCUUUCCAGUUCAGACACAUGCUCCGUUUAAUCGCCGCCUCUUUGUUUAUUUUUGUUUUGUUUUUUAAGCAAUAAGCUGAGCCUAAUUCAGUAGAGAAUAUGAAAGAUUGUACCAAGGUGCUUCACACUGUGCUGACGGUGAGAGAUCAAAAUGAUUUUGUUCAAGCUGAAAUGAGCCAUUCUUUAUAAUAAAAUACUCUCUUUUUUCAAAGGAUUUGUUUG